UGGCUUUUUGUGCGCAUCGUCGUGGUCGACGAGAUUCAAAGGUUAACAUACGAGUAUCCAGUGCGACGCAGUCCCUUUUUGUAUCGACUCGAUCAAGGUUUAUUUGCUGGCUUUAUGGCUACCACCAGUUUGUUCAAAUCGGGACUGACAAGCUGCAAGCGAUCGCGUAUAGUCCGCGUAUUGGGUGAGCGCCUCGAAUCUCACGCCAUUGAGAUUAAGGUCCGAAGCAGGGAUAGGGGCCUCUUCGGGUAG